UUUUCGUUGUACACGUAGAGWUUCACACAUAGACCUUAAAAAAACACGAAUURUUUUAUAGCAAAGUCAUAUUGAUWRCUCAUYUUGUACAGAAUGAUGUCUCAGGAAGAGAUUCUUCCUUGGACGGAGCCAGAUACGAACUUUUUCGCGGACAAUUUGCUUGGAAUUGAAGAUUGGGGAGAUUCUAUAACAGACAUUAAUUUGGAUGAAAAUGAUAUUUUACUUGGGAACAGUGACCAAGACAUGGAUGUUAAUCCUGAUGAUCUUAGUGAAUUACUACAGAAUAUUGGUGAUGACAUGUGGGCAAUAUCAGAAGAUACAGUCAAAUCAUUAGGUGCACAUAUCAAGCAAGARCCRCCWUCGCCRUCAUCAUCAACRUCAUCACUUAUCUCUUUAGAUUCUUCACUUCCUAGCUCACCAGAAUCACAGCUUUUGACAAAUGGACAAUGCUCACCUAUACACAAUCCCAGCUAUACUAAAAUAGAGCCWGCACCUCUAGCACCAGCGCAGCCAAUCAAAACAGAGAAUAAUUUAAAARUACCAUCCAUGUGCAUCAGAACAGAACCCAACCUUGUCCUCCCCCUGUUAGAAAAAAAUGUGUCAAGYGUCAUUAAGACAGAAGUUGCAGUAACACCAUCUUGUAUGAUCAAGAAGGAGCCCAUUACAAUUCAACCAUGUAGUCUGGUCAAACCUCUACCAGCCAGUAUCCCUGCAGGACAUGUACAGAAGAUCACAAUMCAAAAUGGACAACAAGCUAAAGUACUGCAGCAAGGAAAAGGUGUUGCAGUAAGUACAGCGGGUAAUAUAGCAUACAUUCCUGUAUCAGGGACAWUACCAACCACCGCCAUCCUUGUAGGGAACAAAGCUGCCCUCCCAAUCUCUAAACCAGUCAGCUCUGUCGGCAAUGGAGCAACGACAGUCAAGUCACCACUUACCAAUAGUGUAGUCAACGAAAAAGUUAUGAAGAGACAACAAAGAAUGAUAAAAAACCGUGAAUCAGCUUGUUUAUCAAGAAAGAAAAAGAAAGAGUAUUUACAGUCUUUGGAAUCCAAAGUUAAAGAAGUCACACAUCUCAACGAUAAGUUAAAUCAAGAAAACAUGAAACUAAAACACAGAGUUACAGAACUAGAAAAAGAGAAUUUAUUAUUAAAAAGUAAUCAUCCMAACUGGUCAUCUACCGCCAAGAAGUCAACAUGCGUUUUAGCUGUUGUUYUSCUUGUUGCACUUAACAUUGGAUCAUUUAGCUCAUUAAAAAGUACGUGGCAGUUUAACUCACCUGACAACCUCCUGACAGUACAUCACGGGAGGGCAUUAYUACAAUAUAACGAAGAAAAAACUGCYRAAAAUACAAAACCUCUAGCAUAUGGGCCACUAAGAAAGAAAUAUGUCACAAGUAAUACUGAUUCGCUGGAUGCUAAGCCCAARGAUACUAUCRUCAAUGUCAACUCGCAAAGAAAGGAUUUGAUUGUCGUUGGRAAAAAUAAAUGGGACUUUUUGUCAGACAUGAAUAAAAAGAAAAAUAAUAUUUUAUCCAAAAGAGAAAGAAGAAGAAARUUUUUAAUGAAAGGGAUGAAUGUGGUUAAUAAUAAAACUAAAGUCAUUGGUGGAAAUGUAUGUCCAACAUCACAAGUAAAUACUACAGAAUCAUUAAGACUCAAUGAAGUUUUAGGACAGUGGAUCCAUGAAUACCAAGUGGAAAGRUCAUUGAGAAAAAAGAAGCCAACAACAACACAAAACAAGUUCAAAUCUGUGAAAGAACUUGCAUUGAGGUUAACUCCUAACUGCUCAGAAACUCAAGCAAGAAGGAAGAUCCGAAAACACAUGUUUCUGCGUCGUCAUAAUUCAGAGGCAUCUGCUAGUAAGAAUGCCGUGCAGUUGUUCCAAGGAGUUGAUUGGCUGAAAAUGUUUUCUGAAGCCAUCAACAGACAAGAUGACACAAUGUACAUCGUUUCAUUUAGACAGGAUCACUUGGUAUUUCCCGCAACUAAAAGCAAUGUAACACAAAGACCAAAAGUAUCUCUCAUGAUGAUGGCACCUUCAAAUGAUACUACUGUAAAUGUCACCAAAGGCGAAGAAUCAAUAUCCAUGAUUCAAAUCGAUUGUCAAGUUAUGGACACAAAACAUAUCAACAUCAAAAAAUCAAGUCUUCCUUCGCCAUUCGUCGAUAGCUCGUACCGGCCGUCAAGCUCUAAUGGCUAUACUCAGCCAUCAGGUGGACAUACUCCUUCGAUACCCACUCGUAAUGCCAAGUAAUUCACUGUGUAAAUAAAAAGAUCAGAGCGAGGACGUUAUACCCGUGAAACWAAUGUAAUGGUUUAAUAUUCCACGGAUUUAUGAAACUAUUGUUGUUUUAAUAGAUAAAACGAUAUCUAAUUAGAUAUGUAACAAAAAUGGUCAUUAUUGGACAUUGUACGUACGCAUUUUUUCUCUAUUUAUUUACCAACUAAAAGCUAAUGGCUGAAUAUCCGUGCCUUUGGGGAAAGAUAAGGCUCAUUAUUUGACCAAUCAGAGCGUGCGUCAAUCARUCUAUACUGCUAAGUUAUUACCCACAKUACGCUGCGUCAAUAAUCAGUUUUAUGACCCAUGUUAAUGUUCGGUAUAUCGAAAGGUUGUACAUGUAUUUGGUUUGUAACUCUAUCAGUUUAUUCAGUAGCUGGAAGUUUUUAGAAUAAUAGUAUUAUAAUGACAGUUGGUCAACGAAAGCAUGCAGUCAUAUAAAUAUUAUUUAACUUAUACAAGAAUAAAGAAAGAAACAGUAUAUAUAGCUAUUUCAAAAAAGGUUGUCGGAUAAAAUGGCGAAUGUCAAUGGUCGAACGGCGAUUGCAC